GAUACACUAUGGUAGUUAGAAUCUUGUAUCUCUUUAAUCAUCUACUGAAAAUAUUUCCGUUAAGAGUGAUUGGGACUUAUCCCAUACAUUGAAUAAUGAAAUCCAAGUUAUAUGUUCUUCUCCUAUUAUGAAGCUCUUCGAAAAAUGAAUAUUCUAGCAUGAUUCCCAUUUCAACCUAUCUGUUAGAUUAUUCACCUUACAAAAAUUAAACUUUCAUUGCAAAUUUGCUCCAUUGAAUCCAUAAAAUAAAUGUAUUACCUUUGUAUAUAGAGGUUAGUCUAUAUACAAAGAUAUUACCAUACCAUUGUCUAAGCAUUGUCUAUAGACAAUGGGUCUAAGUUAGACAAUGACCGUACCUUUGUAUAUAGACUAAAUACAAAGACCGUACGGUGCCGAAUGGUUUCUGUAAUCAAAAACAACGUUUGUGUUUGUGGAUCCAACAGUAUUUAGUUGUGCUAUUUCAUGGUAGAUGGCUGUACUAGUUAUAUUUAAAAUUUGAAUAAGUAUAAGAAGCGAUCAAUGUGCUGAAUUGAUUUGAGAGCUUUGAGAUUAGAGCAGAUUGAAAAGUAGUCUUUUUUAUAUCACGCACGAAAUUCAAAUCACUUUCUCCAAACACCGUUAUUGACAAAAGCAUGGAGUGAGAAGGAAGACAUCAAAAUUAAAAUUCAUAAGCAUCAACUGUUCAUAUACAGGGUGGCCAACGGCCAUUUUUGGCUGCACUUAGCAGCAUAAGUUGUUUUUCUUGCAAAUACUUAUACUAGAUCAUUUUAUUUGGAUUUUAUUCUAACCAAGUGACGUAGAACCUAAAAUUUUAGUUUCAGGAUUAUUAUAUCGAUCUCACAGACGACUUUAACGGUGGGUAUACCUGUAUAAUCCUACGUUUAUGGAAUGGUACUCUUCUUGAAUCUAAGAACUUUUCAAAAUAAGUUAAAUAUAGACGGUAUAUUUCAAUAAUUGGAUAGAAAAACUCCUCUCAACUUACCAAAGAUCCCACAAUAUUUAUUUGAAUUUUUUAAAGAAUGAUCAGGGUAGAUCUGCUCAAGUGUUUCUAAGUGUGAGGGAGUGAAAAUAUGAAGUGCCGAGUUCAAGUCAAGCUCAUUUGAGAAUAAAAAGAUUUUACAAAAUCGCUGUUAUACCUUCGAUACUAAUGCCUUGAUAAUUCUUUUGAAAUGAUUUUGCAGUAGCGCAAAACAUUCAUUUGAAAUUUUGUUUUUCCCGUUUCUAUCUUGUUUCCGAGAAAAUAAAUACAUCCUUUGCCUUGGCCGUGUACAUAUCUGAGAAGUUUCAGUAUGCAGAAAACAGCUGUUGACUAUUAUGAAUACAUAAAAACAAAGGACUAUUUCCUAUAAAAACUCCUGACUAGAAGGUCUGACCCCUCUGGACCUGUAUGUUCAUUAUAAAUGAAAUUUAUCUAUCUUCUAACAAAAAACAUACCUUUGCUACGUAUAUUGAUUGAACUAACUCGACAAGUAAGUUAACAUUGUUCAUUUCAGUAGUUGACUUCGUUUCUGGGUAUUUCGUUUGAAAUAUUAGUGUUUUCUGGUAUUUUCAUUGGAUUCAAUCUGUUUUGAUUUGAGUUGUUCUUAGCAAAAACAGACCCCAUUUACUGUUAACUUGGCUAAAAGAAACUUUUUCUAGGCCUCCUAUAAAUUGGACCUCUCAAAUACCUGAUAUUGAAAAAUAAGCGAUUAUAACAGUUCUUAAAUUGAAUUGAGUCCUUAUGCUCCUUCCAUUUUGAAUUUUGAUCCACCUUGGAAUAAUAAUAAUAAUAAUGAAUUUUAUUAUUGCAUGAACAGCUUGUAUAUUUGAUUAUAAUUGGUUUGAUCGUCAAUUACUAAUUGAAGUAGUUGGAGUAUAUCUGACAACUAUUUAUUUACAUUCCAAAUAUAGCAGAUUAUUUAAUUCCAGUUUAAAAAAAUUGAGAGUUCCUCAUAACCUUUCGUAUAAAGAUAGAAAAGUGAAAGCCUGAAAGUGUUUCUCCCAAAAAGUUAUCUCUCGUGAAAAUAUCCCUUUCCUUCAGUUGAUCUUUGAUUUUUCGCUGAUUCAGUAAAAGUGUUUGAUUCAAUGAAGUUGUUUAAUUUCCUUUUAAUUUUGACAUUAAUCAUUAGUUACUUUUAACGUUAUUGAAUAUGUGUUCAACUGUAAUGACAACGAAAACAAAUCAUUUUUGUUGUUUAUGAUUUCAAAUUUAUUAAAAUUUCAGUGAGCCAUUCCCAGUUUGAGGUUAAGAUUUAUUCUGUGAUAUUAUAUGUUGAUUAUAUGUUGUGUGGCAUAAACAUAAUCUUAUGAUCUAUACAUUCUUCACAUUCAUGAAGAAAAACCUGAAUUUUAAUGUAAUUGUAUGUGAAUAUAUGUAGUUCACAUGUGAGAUUUUCUGACGCAAAUAUCCAAUCUUUCUUAACGAUUUAUUCAUUUAAGUAUGAAAUAACAUCACUAUUGAACAUAUGCAAGCUGUAUGCUAUCAGAAUUACACAAAAAUUGCUGCUGUUUUGUUUAUUCUCUUUCACCUGUAAAAGAAAAUUUAUUCUUUAUAAAAGUAUUUGUUUUAUAGAGUAUUUUGUUGAUGAAACGUGCCAACUGUACAUUACAAGUGAAUCGAUCCUUAUAUUAUUGUAGGAAAUAUUAUUUAACAUAUACCCAUUUAAGUUCCUUUGCCAAUAUCAACUAAUCAAAUCAAUUUCCAUUAAAAAUCAAAGUCGCAAACUCUAGGUGAAAAAUUGGACCCGGCAACGCCGCAGAUGCACGGCACAUUGCAUCCACCACCGCGGCGAAAGCCAAUGGAGAACUCGAAUAACGGUCACGUGUCCACUGGAGCAAGACUCAGUUGGCUGGUCGGGUUGUUUAUUUUGAGCUUCAGCAUCUUGAUUUGGAAGUUCGUGUGUGUCGAUUGUCACUCUUGGUAGCGUCGUGAGUUCAGUCAAGUUUCCGUGAGUGCAUUUUUUUACGAAACCGCAUGAAAUUCGGGAUUUGGUGACGAUGUAAGUCGAUAUAGUUCAGUGGGUGAAUUCGUCGCGGAGUUAUGGAAUUGGAAGUAUAAACGGGCCGCUGGGAGAAAUAGUUUUCCGAAUUGCGUUUCUGCUCGUAGUUUUCGAAAUGCUGGGUGUUCUCAAACGCCGUUGGAAGCCAAAAAGGUCCAACGCUGGGUCCAGAAUUCCCGGUGGAGAAACCAAUUCUCUCGACGGCGACAGAGAUAAGGCCCAGUUACGAUCACAUCAGGUCCACCCGGUACUCGACACCCGCCAGACGAUCAUCUGUUACGAAAAACCGCCCCCGCCGAUCGGCGAUCGACCGCCCACGCCGCCGCCGUCCCACAACUCGUGCUACCCUCUGGCGCCCAAUAUCUGCGUCGAGGCGGGUCGCAUUCAGUUCAUCCGGCAGGAGUCAGAGGGCGCGCCCGUACCGCCGCCUCCGGAUCCCGCCGUAGCGGCGACGGCGGCGCAGCACCAGCGCGGUGGAAGGAUUACCGUUACGAGAGGAUUACAGACGGAGGACGAGGACGAGAUGGGAUUCAGAGAAGUGCAGAGCUACUUAGAGAACCGAAUAAGCGAACUCGAAUCAACGCUGGAGACUGCCCAGAAGAACGAACUGAGGGACAAGCAAACGAUCAACAAACUCACCAAACAACUUAAUAGGAGGGAAUCAGCUCAGAGGGAUGCUGACCGAGAACGUCGCCUACGAGCCGACAGCGAGACCCGGGCCAAGCAGGCGCUCCAGGAGGCGGCCCGCUGCCGGUCCAGGCUCAAGUUGCUCACCAGCGAAUUCGCAAG